UCUGGGCAGCUUUUAACUGUUCACAUCACUUCUGUACCCUAGUGAUUUAAAUUGCAGUCGUCUGGAUUGAGCCAAACAGAUAAAUAUGUCGAUCCGGUUAUUAGUCAUCGCCAGACUCGGUAUCUUUAUUGCUAAGAUUUACACAGCCGGUCGGUCCCCUGCCCCCUGGUGUGGUGAUAUAUCGUCAUCGAGGGGUAAAGAGCUGAGUUCUCCUCUCCCCUAGAUCUGGAGGGUCUCAGUCUCGGGGAGGCCGGAACCCACCAUGUCCCAGAAUGGGAGUGAGGAUUACCUGGAGGACGGCUUCUCUCGCCCAGGAAGGGGGUGAGUGUAGUGGGACGGUGUUGAUGGGAGACCCGGCUGGCUGCAGAGGUUUGUCUUUGAAGGGCAGAAAAUUCACCAGAAGGAAAAAGUUCAACUAUAAACUCUAGGAGUAACUGAUUAUCUGAACUAAUUGGAAAUAGAGUAUUUGGAUAAUCCACCUGAACAGGCUAGACCUUUACCCGGUUGUCCAGUAUCUUUUUUUAGUUGGAAAAAGAGAAAGUGAUCCAAGCUAGUCUUGGUUUGACUCGGUGGUUUUAGAAAAUUGACUUUCUACGGUAACUUCCACGUAUCGCGUCCCCCGCUGAAUUAAACCUUCAGGUCACCGACGGGCUUUGAUCUGCCUGAAAGUGUGAAUGUAAAAAAAAAGUGCACCCUGGUUGUUAGGGUGUAGCAGAGGCUAGUCCUCAAAGAUUAAAUCCCUCCUUUUUUUUCCCCCCUUUCUCAAUUUGGAGAUAAGACCAGGUGGAAGUUUCCUGUCUUCCACUGAAAUAUGAAGACCAAAAACAAACCCACGAAGCACAGGACUUCAGCAGACAAAGAGACGCUUCAUGGUGAGCCAACACCCAGCAAGCAGGAACUGACAAAAUGUUUGAGAAACAGGGACAGGAGGAAGGGGGAGAGAGCGGUAGAUGGCGGCAAGUUAGUCGGCUCCCGAAAAAAGCCCUCCCCAGGCAGCCGGGAGUCCAGCAACCUGAGGAGACUGGAGAGCAAUGAGAGGGAACGCCAGCGGAUGCACAAGCUCAACAACGCCUUCCAGGCCUUGAGGGAGGUCAUACCCCAUGUCCGGACAGAGAAGAAACUCUCCAAGAUCGAGACGCUCACCUUGGCCAAGAAUUACAUCAAAUCGUUGACCUCCACCAUCCUGAAUAUGUCCAACGGCUGCCGGCCUCGUCUGGAAGGGGACGGUGCGGCCCACGGGUCCAAGUUCUACCAACACUACCAACAACAACGAGGCGAGGAGGAGAGCGACGGACACCUAAAGAAAUACUCCACGCAGAUCCACAGCUUCCGAGAAGGUAGCUAGAGCCGGCCAUCUCCUUCAACCAGAGUUAGGAGGACUUUGGAGUCUUGGAUCAUUCCGGGCAGGCAAAGUGUUAAAAAUACACUAGUUCUUUUGGCGAGCUU